AUAGUAGUGUAUAUAACAGCGGAUCAGCUGGAGGUUCACAAAGAAGCCGUGGAGCACGCCCUUAAACCAUCGGUGGGUAUCACCCCGAAGUGGAGGUGAACGGCAGGGAUGUUUACUUGGUUACGUGCAGACGUCAAAGCGCACACACAGUAUCCCAGCAUGCAGCAGGAGGCCGUUGAGAGAUCCAGCAGUUGGUAGUGAGUUGCUAGAGCGCCCAGCAGGCAGCAGCCAACGGGCAACACUGAGCACACAUUUCCAUGUGAGAAACCCCGAGCCGUCCACCUCACAGGCGACAGAAGAAUAUGCCGCUCGGCCGCCCGGCGUGUUACCGCAGCGGCUUCUGAGUCAACAUUGUCACCAGGUUUUCAUUUCGGAGGAUUCCUCCCUCCAUCCUCCGGAUCGCACCGAACGGGCAAUGACAACGGGCUCGGCUACCCCGCAGCAGAUGAGGGACCGGCUGCUGCGGGCCGUCGACAUCCACAGCAAUAUAUGCAAUAUGGUGGCUGUAAUGGAGGUAAUUUCCGGUCUUGAAAAGUAUCCUAUCACCAAAGAAGCACUUGAGGAAACUCGACUCGGAAAAUUGAUCAAUGAUGUAAGGAAGAAGACCAAGAAUGAAGAUCUUGCGAAGCGUGCAAAGAAACUCUUAAGGACAUGGCAAAAGCUGAUUGAACCUGGACCAGCUGUGGCUGCCAGUGCUCCUGGCUCUACCAAUGGCAGUUCUCAUCCCUGCAGAACAGAUGCGUCGCCUCCUGACAUUUCUGUGUCUGGGAAGGGUGUCCCUGAAGUCAAAAUCAGAAACGAUGUUCACAACACAUACUCGCCAAAAGCUGAGAAAUCAAGCAGCCGCAAACGACGAGCAGAGCACAGGGACAGCGGAGUGCACUUACCAGAAAAAAUAUCCAAGAUGUCUUCGUUUGAUGUCUCAGUUUCCCCGCCACCCACUAAUGGGAUUGCAGGCAGUCCUGAUGCCCCGCCUGACCAGCAAGUUGUCUUGUCUCCUGACAGAUCUCGGAUAGAGCACCUUGAUAAUGAUAAAAUCAACAGAAUUCCGGUUAAUGCUGUCAAGCCUCGUCCUAGCUCGCCUGGAGUGGCCAAACUACCUAGCACUUCCUCUAUGAUUAAAGUUGCUGUGAUGCAGCAACAGACCAGAUUGGAUGAAGGAAGUGGAGGCGGGUAUUAUCAAGCCAAAAGUCCUCGUGGCCUCACUUCCAGUCCAAGGAACAUGAAGCAAGAAACGGUGAACAAGCGCUCUUCAGCAUAUGCACCAAAAGGAACACCUAUCCCAAGCCCUUCUUCUAUGGACUCUCCCUUGUCUUUGUCCCAGCCUGUAUCUUCCCCAGCCCAAGCGUCAUCUGCUGACAAAUUGCCAAACUCUUCUCAUAGGUCUUCAAUGCACUGGACCAGUUCGUCAGAAGUCCCCUCACAUUGUCCAUUGCAAGACAUAUCUUCAACACUGGAAUCCCCAUCAGUUUCCCUUUCACCCUCUUAUCCACAACACAAUUCAGAACUACACAGACCAACACCUGAGGUGACUAUGCCUGUGUCUGAUGACACAGAAGCGACAACAGUUCCCAACUUGGAACAUAAACGGAGGAAGUACAGGUCAAGAGACUACUCUGUCAACCUAGACGGCCAGAAAAUAGAGGACACGACUAAACCUGUACGGUUAAAAGAACGCAGAUUAACAUUUGAUCCUGUCACUGGUCAGAUAAAACCUCUGGUACGAGAGCCUUCUCAAACAGAGGAAGUCUCUACUCCUGACCUUGCUGAAUCGAGGCAGAGAACUGAAAGCACUGUACAACAGCCCGCUGCUCCGACCCCAGCCCUAGCCCCAGCCCCAGUUCCAGCCCCGGCCCCAACCCCAGGUCCAGGUCCAGGUCCCAGCCAUAAUCCUUUCCAUCAAACAAACUGGAAGGAACUGUCCAGAAAUGAAAUCAUCCAGUCUUACUUGAACCUUCAGAGUAAUGUGCUCACCUCUUCUGGGGUCCGGGCUCCUAGUGCACACACUUUCAUGUCAGAGUAUCUGAAAAGGGAAGAACAGGAGAUCAAGGACUCACGGAAGAUACAUGUUCUGCAGACGGACAACUCGGUAGGGGAAUUACCAGCUUUGAGUCAGGAGGUGACGGACGGUGACCUGGACAGGGUUCACACACAGCACUGGCCAGGGGUGAAUGGUUGUCUUGACACCGAGGGCACCUGGUUUGAUUGGACAGAGUGCAUAUCAUUGGACCCGCAUGGGGAUGAAAGCAAAUUAAACAUCCUGCCAUAUGUUUGCCUAGACUGAGGGGCUUGGGAAGGUUGCUGUCUUUUUCCACUCCUUUCUUUGUCUCCCCAAAGAGAUGAGAUACUUUGUGAUUUUCUUUGCCCACUGUGAGUUUGGUAAAAAGCCAGGUCUGCUAAACUCCCUCCCCCAUGCCUCCUCCUCUUUCUGUGAUAAUCUAAUUACAUUUUGGUAUAAAGAGUCAAGAUUAAAAGAAUAGUUAAGUUUGUAAUACCAAGGGCUGUUUCUGUUUUAUUUUUCAAACUGAAAACCACAGGAAUGACAAGGCCCUAGUUGCAGUGUGCUGAUCCGAACACUGAAUGCAAGAAAGAGAGGACAGAAUUAUCACAGACGACCGGAAAUAAUGUUAUGAUGAGAAUUUGUGUAUGUUCUGAAUCGUACCUCUAUUUCAGUCUCACUGGGAUGAUGAUGUUUUCGUUUUUUCUUUUUCUUUUUUUAAAACUUGUCUCGUUUCUUAUAAGGAAUUGCAUUCUAGGUUUGCUUUUGAGGAAAGGCCGGGGUUUAGCUGUCCUGUCCAGACCGCCAUGUUGGUGCCCAGUAAGGUGUUGAUAGAGUUCAUCUAGCACAGGUAGAGCCGAACAUGUCCAGAGUAUGAAAUACUGGAUUGUAUCGGGCAGGUACAAGAAGCUUUAUGUGAGAUAUAAAGAGUAAAUUAUAAAUUUCGUAUGUAUACAUCUAUUUAUUUUGACCAGAUCAGAAGUAGAUCUGUUAUUUGAUUACAUUUGUUCCUGUCAGUCUAAUCUUCAAUGUCAAAGGGGCGUACAUAUGUUUUUGCAUGGUCUUUCUUUAAGACUGGCCAAUGAAUCCGGUUAAUAACAUUCCAUACUCCACCAUCACCCUCUUUCUCUCCAUCUCAACACACAGCUCCUGUCUGCCCAACUCGGCUCUCAAAACAAAAAUAAAUGUAUUCAGAAAAAUGAUUUGGUUCAAAGUGGUUUAAUCAUAGUGCAGUGUUUAUUUUAAAUUAAUUAAUCAAAAAAUUCGACACAUUCUCCCCCAAGCUUAAGAUAUUCGAUAAUGUCAAAUCAGAUGGCGCUGAUCAAUAAUUGCAUUUUAGAGACAAAAUCAAGGAGAUAUUUGAAUACUGGGACUCGCGUUGUUUCCUUUCCUUUAGAUAUCGUUUGCCUUCUGGAUUUUCAUCACAAUAUUUUUGUGAGUUGAACGGCCUUAGUGAAUGUACGUGAUUGACACCUUAUGCACUUGCUCAUAAGGAGACAACUUGUUGGUCAUUUCAUCACUGACUGAAUUGAAAUGUGAGUAGUGACUGAUGCUCCCACAAUCUAUGUGCCCACAGUUUAUUCAGAGUGUAUUUAAUGUUUUUGCAGCUGUUUAAGAGUUUAAAAAACAUUUAUGAUGCCGUUUGAGGAGCAUUUCUUUUUGCAUCCUGUUUCCAAUACAGCAAACAUAAAAUGGGGUGCGGGAGAAAGCUGUGUGCAUCAGAUAUUUUUGGCAUUUUCCAUGUACCAACUAAUACUUACUUUUGAUUUCCCUUUAUACUCAUCAGUCACUACCAGUUUUGACGUACCAUGACGUAAAUUAAGAUUGGCUUCUGCGCAGCCGCUGUCGUUUUCAUUCUUUCAGCCAUUCAUCCCUACCAAUGUGCCUUGGUAAAUGGUAAUUCUGGAUUUGAUUCCGCAUAAAUCACGCCUGUCCGUGGAGUUGCGGGAAUUGCAAGUCCCAGGAUCAAUAUGACGCUGGUAUAUGCACCGUUUCUGUUACUUUUUGUACACACUGAUCCAGAGAGGGUGAAGCUGCAGACAAUGAGAAACUGCACAACAACGCAGCUGGCAAUAAAGGAAAAGUGCUACAACUGGUUGAUUUUAGAAUCUGUUUUCUGGAGUUUUAACUGGGGCAUCUUUAUUUGUUCAGUGUUUAACAUCUCUCCAUUGUUUGAAAAUAAAAUGAUCUAAAUCUUCAGCUCAGUCCACUGACUCGUGGGUCUUUUGCGGUGCCAUUGUGUUCAACAACCUUGGAACAUGUUGCCCCAUUAAAACUUAAUGGUCAGUCUGA